UAUAUAUUCACUCCUUUUGCAUGCACUAUCCAUCAUCCAUUUUCUUCAAAUUCUAGAGUCUUACACUCACAUUCUUCAUUGCCAAAGCCAAGAAUGGACACAAAAACCACGGCAGCCAUUCCAACUCAAAAUCUGGCCUCUGCAACACCGACGGCAGCCUCUGCCUACGAAGUACCUCAAAACCAGCUGACACCAACUGCAGCGAAUGCAACUGAAUCACUGACAUCGACUGUGGCAGCGUAUGCACCCCAGAGCUUGACUACGAUAACCACACCUCAUCAUCAGAAUACAACGUCUGGGGUUGCGCCGCACCAGAGCCUAGCCUCGUCAGGCAUUGUGCCUUAUCAGAAUCGAGCUGCUCGUUCAUCAGCAGUUGGACUCAGUGGUCGCACGGCUCGCACCGCACUCGGAGUAGACGGCCGUGCAUCUCGCACUCUCGGACUUGACAGUCGUGCAGCUCGUGGUGGAACGUCCGAUGAGACUGAGCUAAGCAAAAGAAUCAUGGAGCUUCAUGAGUCUGAUGAGCGCGGUCUUGCGGUUAAGCCUGUUCUUCACAUUAUUGAUGUCAUUUUUCACCGCGCUACUGCUGACCUACCUGGAUUCAGUCUUCAGAAUUCAGAUAUUGGUACGGAUGAAAAGGCUGUCAUGUAUUCUGUUGCUAGUCUUCAAGACAAUGUCGAAAUCCCAGCCAGGAUUACGAGCGCAAUUUCAUGUGAGAUCCUCAGCAAGUGCUCAGCUGGAGUGGAUGUGCACACCAUUACAAUGGAAAUACUACAGAUAAUUAAGCACUACGGAUGGGACUCGAAGGUGUUGCUAGCCUUGGUGGCAUUCGCGGUGACCUUCGGCGAAUUUCGGCUGGUUCUUCAGCAAUACUCCACCAACCCACUCGCCAAAGGGGUCGCUCUUCUCAAACAAUUGCCUGAACUUUUGGAACAUGCUGGGGCUUUAAAACCAAAACUCGACGCUCUCUACGAUCUGAUAAAGGAAAUCCUUGAUGUGACCAAGAAAAUCGUUGACUUCUAUAACCUUCCCAGGAAUGAAUAUUUUACAGCUGACUCACCUGAAAUUCUAGCUGCUGCUUCUCAUAUCCCAACCGCUGUUUACUGGAGCAUUAGAAGUAUAGUCGUUUCUUCAACUCAAAUUUUGGCCCUCACCGGCAUGGGCAUCGAGUAUCUAACAGAGCCGUGGGAGCUAUCUUCCUUGGCCCAUAAACUUAACAACAUAAAAGGGCAUGUUGUCGACAUUAUCGAACGUUGUAACAAGUUUGUUGAGAGGAAGAAAGAAGAUGAAGCAUACGAGUAUCUUGUGCGUAUUUUCCAACUCACACACAUCGAUAACUCAAAGCCUUUGAGUGUGUUGUUCAAUGAAGAUCGGCAAGCACUCUAUGACUGCUACAACAAGAAAAGGAUAGUGAUCGAGGAUUUGAAGAGAAAGGUCGUCGCCCUAUUCAUCACAGAAGUAGAUCCCGAAAUUAUUCGUUCAUCUGAAUUUGCAAUCUUACAACAAAUGUAUGCCGAAAAAAGGCAGAGCAUAACAAGAUCCGAGAGUCAGUAUGAAGUGGUUUGGGUUCCAAUCUCAAAUGUGUGGAAUGAUGACAAGAACAGAGCGUUUGAUAAGCUAAAAGAACAAAUGGAAUGGCACUCGGUGCACCAUCCUUCAGCAGUAACCCGAGUGGCCCCAAGAUUCUUUAGAGAAAAAUGGGGCUUUGUCAAGAAGCCUGUGCUUGUGGUGAUAGACACUCAAGGCAGAGUUGUGCACCACAAUGCCAUUCACAUGAUGUGUAUUUGGGGAAGCCUAUCCUACCCUUUUACCGCCAACAGAGAAAAAUUGUUGUGGGAGGAUAAUGCGUGGACCAUGGGCCUGCUCAUCGACGGCCUUGACCCCAAUGUUGCUGUUUGGAUCCAAGAACAAAAGUACGUUUGCUUAUAUGGAGGAGAGGACAUUGACUGGAUUAGGAAAUUCACAAGGAUUGCUAAGGAUGUGGCCCGCGAAUCUGGGAUUCAACUGGAGUUGCUUUACGUGGGGAAGAGCAAACCUCACGAGAAAGCGACAAGGAACAUCAUCGACUUGAUUUCGAAAGAGAACUUGAGCAGAACCUUGGACUGGAACCUCAUCUGGUACUUUUGGAUGCGGUUGGAGAGCAUGUGGCACUCAAAAGGGCAACUGACAACGGCUGAAACUGUCAAGCACGACCGUGUAAUGCAAGGAAUCAUUGCCAUGCUGAGCUACGGGUCCAGCAGCCAAGGCUGGGCCGUCAUCAGCAGAGGUUUCGAGGGAAUGGUUAAAGGCAAUGGAGAGCACAUGUUCAGGGGUUUGACCGAGCAUGGUCUAUGGAAGAGGAGGGAAGCAGUGAUCGGUUUCGUGCCUGCUCUAGAUGAGUACCUCCAGAAGCUCCAUGUCGACGCACCACACCACUGCACCAGCCUAAUUUUGCCAGCCACAGGCGCGAUGCCCGACACUGUGGCGUGCUCGGAGUGUGGCCGUUUGAUGGAGAGGUACACCAUGUUUCGUUGCUGCCUUGACUACUGAUCUUUCAUCGUGAGCCUGAUAAUGCCUUGAUAUGCAUGCAUAUACUAGCAUGGCGUCUCCUUUUAGACUAAGAGGACGUCGUCAUAAUAAAUUAGUAUGGGAAUAAUGAUGUUAAUUGUUUUACGAUAUAUCUUUAUGUUUAUUUUUUAGUUUUAAAGAUUUUGGGGAAAAAAAUUACACCACAAUAUUGUACUGUGUUGCUUGUUGCUUCGGCCGUUCGGCGACUACUACCAAGUUUGCUACUAUUUUAAUUAUUGAAUAAAUAAAUAAUAUUUGUUGUUUUCCA